UACUUCAACUCAACAUUUAUGAGUCGUUGUUAAUGUUUAAUCGGCAGGUAAAUAUUGCCAGAAUAAGAAUAACAGUCUUUUCGCAUAACUAUUGAUCUAAAAUUGAGUUUGUUGUUCGGAAGCGUUGUGUGAGAAUACAAACCGCCCACAUCCUGGAAAAACUUUGUUCUUUUAGCAUAACAGACAAAUAAGAGGCGGGCCGGAUGGCGGUUGCAUCCUCGUGGGCGAUUGGACGAGGUUGGCGGUUAUAAAUCUGGACCGCGCCGGAGACAAUUUUAGUAAAUAUUAUCCGAGGCAGAAGAAGAACACACCUUUCGCUGCCACUGGAACAAACCAUGAGCGGAUGCCCGUACUUUGAGAAGAAGCAUUUGUUGUUCAAAAACAAGCCUCCGAAUGCCGAAGAGGAGGACGCCUCUCAGGCGGGCGUCAACAAGGCCAGUCGAGGAGGAAUCAUCUAUGGGGAUUACCUGCAGCUUGACAAAAUCGUCUCGGCCCAGGUGUUGCAGAGUGAAGUCAAGGGGAAUAAGAUCCACGAUGAGCACCUCUUCAUCGUCACUCAUCAAGCCUAUGAACUGUGGUUCAAACAGGUUUUGUUCGAACUUGAUUCAGUGCGGGAGAUCUUCAUCAGCGGACAUGUCCGAGACGAACGCAACAUGCUCAAAGUGAACACCCGCAUCCACAGGAUCGUGAUGAUAUUCAGACUGUUGGUCGAACAGUUUUCUGUUCUGGAAACAAUGACGGCCUUGGACUUUUUUGACUUCAGGGAAUACCUGUCACCGGCCUCGGGCUUCCAAAGCCUUCAGUUUCGGCUGGUGGAGAACAAGAUCGGGGUCCCGGACAACCUGAGGGUGCCGUACAACAGACGCCAUUACAGGGACAACUUCAAGGGUCAUGAGAGUGAGAUGCUGCUCGCCACGGAGCAGGAGCCCACACUCUUAAAGCUCGUCGAGGAGUGGCUGGAGAGAACUCCCGGCUUGGAGGUGGACGGAUUCAAUUUCUGGGAAAGCCUGGAAAUCAAUAUAUUUGUAGGGCUGAAUCAAGAGAAGGAGAAAAUCGCGAUAAUGCCAGAUUCCGAGGACAAGGAGGAGAUGAUGGCCGAGCUGGUCAAACAGAAAGAGCUCUUCACUUCUCUGUUCGACGAGAAGCGCCACGACCAUCUGCUCAGCAAAGGUGAGAGGCGGCUCUCUUACAAAGCUCUACAAGGUGCCCUGAUGAUCUUCUUCUACAGGGAGGAGCCGAGGUUCCAGGUCCCCUUCCAGCUGCUCACGUUCCUCAUGGACAUCGACACGCUGAUGACGAAAUGGAGAUAUAAUCACGUAUGCAUGGUGCAUCGAAUGAUCGGCAGCAAGGCCGGCACAGGGGGCUCCUCCGGCUACCACUACCUGAGAUCCACCGUCAGUGACCGCUACAAGGUGUUUGUGGAUCUGUUCAACCUGGCGACCUUCCUGGUGCCUCGCCACUGGGUGCCCAAGCUGAAUCCCAAUGUCCACACGUUCCUCUACACGGCCGAGUGCUGCGACAGCUCCUACUGCAGCAACGAGGACUCAGACUGAAGGGAGCAUCUCUCUCUCUCUCUCUCUCUCAUCCCUCUGCGUCUCCUCUCUUACCGUAGACCAGAGCUCACAACAGUGGACCACAUUUGCAGAGCUAGAAAGAGAAAAAAGAAAAAACAGUUACCGUCAGGCUCGCAGGCGACGUUUCGUCCAAACGUGCAAGUAAACACACAUUUUGUCGCGAGGGUACGUAGUGUUUCAGCGGAGAGAGGUAGGCGUCCGGCUGGUGUUCCUGAGAAAGAAAAUUUCAGGACAGUCUAAAAUAUUUCCUGUUUUAGCACAAAUACUGAAUAGGGAUAUAAUAAUGUGCUUCAUAAGGAUCUUGAAUUUGAACUUAAUCUGGUGUUUUUUGGACAAAGGGUGCAGGAGCGGAAGUUAAAGUGGUUGACGGUGUAAACCACCAAAAUAUACAUCAGCGAGAAACAUUUUAUUCCUGCUGGUUUUUUCCAGUAAGUACGUACCCUGAGAUGUGAAUACAGAAAAAUAACAAAUGUACAAAUAUAUAAAAACAGGUACAUUUCUUUGUUUGGCAAGGAAGGUAAAAAGCCUUUUUGUUUCUUUGGUCAUUGUGACAUUAAUAACAUUCACCUUAAAACUAUAUUGAAAAAGAUACGACAGCAGAUCACUACUUCGCAACCCGCAACAUGAGGCUGCAGAAACCUGUGACACGGCGUCUGGCCAUGAAUAAAUCAAAUGGCCAGAGUAAACAGUUUGGCUCUAAUCUCUGCUGCCGACUGGUCACGAGUCACACGAGCAGCAGAUGGCUCCUUGAUACGAUUCGCUUAGAUGUUUUCUCAAUAACAUUAUGCAAAUUCGCCGCGACUGACCUGAGAGCGAAUGGAUCGGUGUCAGCGGCGAUCAGACUGGUGGCGGUGAAGACUUGUUUUUGUUUUUUUACAAAGCACGAGGCGGGUGUCAGAGGUCGAGCUAUUUCAGAUUCAACCCAGAUGUGACUCGGGAGGAAACAUCUGCAUGAGCGAUCAAUGUCAACUUCUAAAAUAAAAAACAACUUUGUACAUCAUAAAUGUGAAGCUGUGAAAUAGGAACCGUAAAAUCUGUACAUAAUGUUCAUACUGUUGUUUUUAUAGAUAAGCUGUGUAUAGUACUCUUCAUGUUUUGUAUUUAUGCAUUGAUUAAUUGAUCUCUGUAUAGACAAAUUAGAGUUAUAUAACCCAUGAAGUGUAUAACCUUAUGUAUUUAAGAUACAUAUUUUGUACAGUGCAUCUAUUCCUGUUGGUGAUUUUACAGUGGGGGGUGUGUGUGUGUGUGUGUGUGUGUGUGUGUGUGUGUUUUAGUCGCUCAGUUAUGAACCAACAUUUAUCAACUUGUGAAGUGAUUUAUUUUGUUUUACUGAUGCAAGAUGUUGACAUUUCAAUAAAAAGAAACAUUAUUUAAAAUGA